AACAAACUGAACACUUACAGAGUAUAAAAGCAAGGGCGCCAACAGUAACGGAAGUCAGUUAAUAACGGAAGCAAUGUUCAAUAAUCCACAACAUUUUAAGCUACUAUUGCUUCUGCUGUGUCCACUGGCUUUUGGCCAGGGGCAGCACUUGGAGCCACUGCAUCGCAAUAAACGCACAUUGACGACCAUCUGUGUGGAGAUUCAACCAAGUGGGCCACAGAACGAACCGUACUUUAUGUGCAAGGGCGCGGAUUUCGCUAAUGAUCCGGUUCCAGCUGCUGUUCCUGCUGCAGCUGCUCCGCCAGUUCCUCAGCCAGCACCUCAAGCUUAUCAACAGUCAGUUCCACAGUCAGCUUCGCAGACGUAUCAACAGCCAGCUCCUCAUCAGUCUCCUGCGUCAGCUGCCCAGCUAUCGGAUCAACCCAUUUACAACUAUGGACAACCAUUGACGCCAUUUCCUUCAUUUCCCAGCUUUGGCGCUGGGUUUUUUCAGCACCCCCAAAGUUACGAAUCAGCGCCAGCAACGCCUCCAUCACCGCCUCCAUCGCCGCCAGCGCCGCCAGCUGAAUCCCCUGGAGCUGUCGCCUAUGGAGCUGGACCAGCAGCUGCUGUUGCCUUUCCGCCUGCGCCUGCUGCGCCAUCAUAUGGCCUACCAGCAGUUCCUUACCCAGCUGCAGGCGGCCCAGCAGCAGCUGCACGAGGAGCUGCUCCAGUCGCAGGCCCAGCGGCCACGCCCACUGCAUAUGCUGCUCCAGGGGCUAAGAAAUCGCCGCCAGCUGCUCAGCACAAGUCGAGUGCAUCGAUAGGCGACAGUCGACAUCGCGUCGAGUUGGAUGACAGUGUGCUGGGCAUGCCCAAUGUGGGCUUCAAGCAAGAGGAGCUCCACUCGCAGUAUAGACAACCAGUUGGAACCUUGGAGCCACCCAUGGCAUUCAUGCCACUUGGACAGCCGGCAGCUGUGCCGCAUCCUCACUACGAUGAUCCCAUAAUGCGUACGUUUUAUGCCAGCUUGGGGCAUGAGGAACCGCAGCUAGGACAGGCGGCGAUUCCCAAUGAACCGCUUGUUGCACAAGUGGCACCUGCGAAUGCUCCCUAUCAAGAGGCACCCAAGUAUCCCACUUCAAGUGUUGCUCCCGCCGAUGGGAAUGCAUGCAACUCUUGCAAUCGUCCCUGCUCCACACCAGCUGCUGACAACUGUCCCAGCUAUCAGCAUGUGAUCAUUGCCAUGCCCUGCUAUGGACAACAGCAGCCCACGCAUUAUCUGGCUGUGCCUGGUCAACCUCAAGCCUCAGCUGCUCCAUCCUUGGCACGUGAGCCAAUUGUGGGCAGCUCUUUUGGAAGCGCCUGGCCACAGCUGACACCUCCAUUUGGCGCUGCCUUCCACAACAUAGGACCGCAGAUGGGACCUGCUUUUAAUAUGCCGUCUCCCCAAGUAGGAGCUGCCUUUGGCAUGCCAAAUCCUCAGCUGUCAGCUCAUGGCUUUGCUAUGCAAGCACCCCAAGGCGGAUCCCAUGGCUUUGCCAUGCCAGCACCUCAAGUUGGAGCCGCCUUUGGCAUGCCUUCGCCCCAAGUUGGAGCUCCUUUUGGCAUGGCACCUGUGCUGAAUCCCUUUGGACCCUUUGGCAGUCUAAACCCCUUUAAUCCCUUCAAUAGAAUUUUAGGAGCUGCAGCACCAACGACGCCCCAACCGCGUCUGCAUCUCUUUGGGGCGCCAGAAGAAGGCACCACAGUCGCAACCUCAACCACAACAGGUCCACAACCUUCCCAAUCGACAGCAAAGUAUUCCAGCAACCCAACUGCGUCACCCACCAAGAUGAGCACUGAGUCAGCUGAUGUCAGUGUUGGUGCCUCACGAGAAGCUGAGCAUGAACAAAAGGAAGCCGAUGAAGAUGACGAUGAGACAACCGAUGAUGCAGCGCAGCAUGCCACUGAGUCGCCCUCUGCCGAUGACACCACUCACGAUGAUGCCGACGACGCUGAGCAGAACAAAUCUGUUGAAGCGAAACCGCCAACGGUUAAUGAGCUUGUCACAAAGGGAGAGGACAAACUGAAGGUUGACAAACGGAAGCGACACAACUCCCGCUCCCGUUCAUAUACAAGGAAGUUGCCCAAGCUCACUUAAAAUCUAUUUCUACUAAAUGCAGAAUAUGUACUAUAUAAUAAAGUAUAAAAAAUAUAUA